UCGGGCCUGAAAUUUUUAUCAUCUGUACAAAUUAAAUAUUUGAUUCAGUCCCCCUCUUCAAUACACAGUUACACAGUCACACCCAUUUCAACAACCUUCAACGACCCCACCUCUCUCCUCCCAACAUUCAGAUGCCUCCGAAGGGCCGUCCACGGCGCGCUGCCACCCGGAAAAAGCCACCACCGCCAGAAAAUCCCACUAUUUCAACCGAACCCGCCGAAGAAAUACAUGCAGAUAAUCACCAACCACUCACUGAAGCUCCUCUUCCCGACAACGACGUCGUUUUGGCUCCAUCAUUAGAAACCCUAAUCGCCGGAAAACCAGAGCUACCUGAGAAUCAAGCACAAGCGCCGGAAACCGCCGUGAAACCUCAAGACGACACCGUUUUGGGUUCUGAGGAGACUAAGGAUAAGGAUAGUGUUGGGAAGGCGAAGAAGGUGGUGAAGAAGACUGUUAGAAUUGUGAAGAAGGUGAUUAAGAGAGUUCCGAAAAAGGUUGUAAAGUCUGAAAUUGAUUCUAAAAUUGAUCAAAUUGAUAAGGUUGGUGGUAAUGUUGAUUCCAUUUCGAAACCUGAAUUUACAAUUGCAGCUUCUGUUAAUGAAGACGAAUUAAAGUCUGCUGGAAAAGGUGUUCAAUUGAAGGAGGAAAUUAAUGAUUCGAUGUUGAAUAUUCGAGAAGAGGAAUCGAAGUGUGCCAGUAGUAGUGUUCAAUUGAAGGUGGAAAAUCAUGAUUUGAAUUCGAAUUCAACAACUUCUGCUGAGGUUGGUGUUCAAUUAAAGGCCGAAAGUCAUGAUUCCGAUGUUUUAGUUUGUAAGAUGGAGGAGGAUGAGAGUAAGGUGGAGGUUGCUGAGAAGAAGGAUGUUAUAGAAGAAAAUCGAGGCGAGAAUGCAGUAGGAAAAGGAAGUGAAUUGAUGGAAAUUGAGAAUGUUUCGAACAAUGAGGGUAAUGUGGAGGAGAGGGGUGGAGAAUGUGGAAAGGAAAGUGAGGGUUUGGUUAUUGCCGAGGGCGGGAAGGGAGAGGAGGUGGAAGAUGGUCAAGGAGAGGGGAAGUUGUUUAGAGGGGAAUUGGAGGCGAUGGAGCGAAAGAAGAGGCGAAAGACGGAGAUAUUUAUUGGCAGAUUGGAUAAGGAUGUCAAGGAGGAAGAUAUCAGGAAGGUUUUUGCAGAGGUUGGUGAAAUUGUGGACUUGAAGCUGAUUUUGAAUAGUAAGACUGGGAAGAAGUUUGCGUUUCUGCGGUAUGCGUCCGCAGAGGAGGCCAAAAGAGCGUUAGAUAAGUUUGCCAAAGUCGAGAUUUGUGGCAAGGAGUGUGGUGCAACCCCUGUCGAGGGCAAUGAUACAAUUUUUCUUGGUAACAUUGACAAGAAAUGGAAGUAUGAAGAUGUUGUCAGUUUGUUGAACAGGAUUGGUAUUGGAAACAUAGAUAAGGUCACAGUUAUGGUGGAUUCGAAUAACAGCGAAUGUAAUCGUGGGUUUGCAUUUGUUGAAUUUUUAACCAUCAAUGAUGCUCAGCUUGCUUAUACGAAGCUUCAAGAGAAAGAUGUUUUUGGGAAAAAUAAAAAAUUAAAGAUUGCUUGGGCUGAACCUUUGAAGGAGCUUGAUGAAGAAGAAAUGCUAAAGGUCAAAACAGUAUAUGCGGAAUUUAUACCUUCCUCUUGGGAUGAAAUGAAAUUGAGAGAUACUUUUAAGAAGUUUGGGGAGAUAGAUGAUAUCGUUCUUGCUCGGAAUCUAAAAACAACCAAGAGGAAGGACUUUGCAUUUAUCAGUUUUAAAACUCGUGAAGCUGCUAUCAAAUGCAUUGAAUCUUUUGGUCAUGACUUAAGCAGCAAAGUCGAAAGCAAGGUAAGUGUGAAAGUCUCCCUUGCUAAACCAAAGCCAAAGGUAAAUCAAAGACCAAUUGCAAAACCUUUUGCCAAGGAGGUCCCCAAAACAAUGCCAAAAGCCAGUCACAGUAAAGUUAGGCCAAGUGAGCCUUUAAACUGGACACAUCGUACGGUACCUCGUCAUGGUAUUCAAGUUCCUGAUAUGUCUUCUACAAAUGUUGAGUUGGUCCAGUUAUUGAGGGAGCAAGCUUCAUGGAGAUCACCACAUGCGAGCCUAAGCAACAGACCCAUGGAUAUGCGCUACUCUAACCCCUUAUCUGGGAGGAAGCGCCAAUAUUCUGAUAUGGAAACUGAUCCGCUGCAUGGAAUCUCAAACAGAUAUCCUCACUACCAUUUGGAUGCUCCUUAUUCUGUUGCAAGUUCUAGUCAAAAUAUAAUGCCUUCUAAUGGUCUUACAAACCCUAUGACCUAUCAUCAACGGCAUGGUGGGUACACUUCUGGAUCACUUUAUGGAGCCAGAAAUUAUGCAAACAAUGUUGAGAUCAGGGAUAAAGCGCAUGAACACAGUUUCCCAUAUCGACGAUAUUGACUGUUGGAGGACUGAAGAGAAAAGCAACUUGGUAGUGAACUUGUGAUGCUACAAGCUGAUAUGGAGUGGUAUCAAAAAUGGUGAGCCACCAAUUAGUGUGAUUCUAAAUCGGUAAUUAUAUUUCGUUUUCUUUCCUUGUAAUUUCUAUAAUUAGGUUGUUAGAUUUAGAACCCGCCUUUUCUUCUACUAGUUUUUAUGUUUUUGUCUUCUUUGUUCAAUGUGCAUGGAUUGUUCAUAGUCUCCAUACUAUAUUGCUUUGAAACAAUCCAUCCUAGCUUUUCCAUAAGAUGUUAAACUCAGUCUCAAGUUUUUUAUCCAAGACAUUAUUUAUGGUGUUAUUAUGACAAGUACCUCCACAACUUCGCCUUUAAAGAUUCAAUAACAAAACAAAUUGUUAUCUUAACUUUGCCUUCAAAAUUUCAAUGACAUUAUUUGUGGAAUCUGAAGAUCCAAUCGGUGACCCAAAGCGCAAAAUUGUACUUUAAACUAAGCAUCACAUCUGGCACUAGCCUUCUCUUCAAUUCUUUACUCCUUGCUUUGAUGGCCCAUCUCCAUCUUUCAAGACUCAUCAUGGUAACUGUCAAAUAAUAGCCAACUAAAAUUUGACCAAUUUCUGAUUCAAAUGCUCACACAUUUUUUCACCUACAUGUCAUUGUACUCUUUCUUUACUGUGUAAAUGUAUAUGGUCAUUCUGUGCCAAAAUUGAAGUAAAGAUUUGAGAGACAAAAUAAUUCAUAUUUAUGGAGAAUGUUAUCCUUGCUUCCCUUGCCAGUUUUAAUAGCCAAAAUGGCAAAAAAUAAUCUUAUUUGCAAAAAUAGUUUGGACACUCCCUUAAGAUUUCCGAAAAAUUCUAAACUGAUAACACAAUCCUUUGUGGUUACAACAAAAAAUUUGUGUGUUCAUUCUGUCACACAACAAAAAAUGUGUAAUGUGCCAACAAAAUCUGCAGGGCCCUGAACCCAGAAAAGUUCAUUGAAUAUGUUGGCCUGAUAUAGAAAGUUGAAAUGUAUUUUAGCAACCCUUUUAAAGCAAAUGGAACCUCAUUUUGUAAGUGACUCAGCCUUUGGCGAAUGAUUUGCACAACUACAGUACAGUAAACUGCAUACUUCUUGAGUUCUUGAAGUAUCAUCAUCUGCUCUUAUCCCUUGUGUUCUUCAUUUCAAUUUCCUAUAAGUUGAAUCUGCAAAGAAAGAACAUGUAUCUUUUAAGCCAUAAUUUAUGUAACAGAUUCAUCAGCUCUCAAUUAAGACUGUUACAUCUUUCUUUUUUCUUUUGUUUUUUAUUUUUUUAAUUUUAUUUAUUUAUUUAUUUAUUUAUUUUUAAUUUUUUUAAAGGUAAAUAAUUAUGUUGCCAAACUCGUGAAGUAGUGCACCCUUUUUUCCUUUUCUCUUGUUGGGAGAUUUUCGUAGUUUAGGUAAUUGAGUUUUCUUAGUUGGACCCUAUUCUCUUUACCUUAUUUUUGUUAAACUUUGUUAUUUUUACUGAACUGAAAUUAUUUUUGCUGAAAUGCGAUUAAUUAAAUUGCCUGAAAUUUAUUUACCAAUGAAAACUUAUUUUUACUGAUUCUCAAUUAUGUUUGUUUUUUCAAUUUACCGAUUUUUACUAAUUAAAUUUUUUUACAGAUUAAAAAUUAUUUUUACUGAAAUGAAAUUGUUAGGGCCUUAUAUGUCAAGAUGUGUCUAAAUGGUGUAUUGGUGAUGUAUCAUUCACAAGAAUAUUUUUGGUCCAUGGUGCUCUCUCCCUUUCUACUCUGUAAUACUAUAUCUAGUGGUUAGUGGCGGAAUGCAUUAAUUAAAAAAAAAAAAAAAAGCUUGAUAAUAUAUCCUUCCCUUUUGAGAUUUUCGUUUUAGCAUCAUCUAUGUCUUUUGAGAUUUUUGGAAUAUAAAAUUUAAUGUCCAACUUCGUCUAUAACUUGACUUUAAACCUCAAUAAGUCACGUAGUUACCAUUAGAAAAUGCAGAAAUUAGACGUAAAAUAACGAAGAACUAUGAAAAAUAGACAAAGACUUUUACUUUUUUCGUUUCUUUUUAGUUGCAUCACUUUCCUAAAACGGAAGUUUAAAAUUAGUUACAUCACUUUUCUUUUUAGUUAAUAAAUACUCUUUAUCUCUCCUAUUGCAUGGGUCCAUUUGUUAUUCUCUCUAUUUCUCUCAUCUCUAAAAAUUGUCUAGGAGUCCGUAAUUUGCAAAGUGAUGUAAUUAAAAAAUCACGGAGGAAGUAUUUAGAAAAUCUCCUCUUUGCCAAAGUUAAAAGCCACCAAUUUGCUUUAUUGCUUUAGUUGAUGUGUAUACGAUAACACUAAACUCAAUGUCUAAAGUCUAACAACAUUUUUACUCACAAGGACACACUAACUUUGCCUCAUAAUAGACUUUUGUUAUAGGUUUUAGGAAAUUUUGUCAUAAACCACCUUUAAAAAGUUAUAGACCACCAAUUUUAAAAAAUUUUGUUGCAACUUACUACCAACUGCCGAAAAGUGGAUGUUGACCACUUUCUCCGGCUACGCAUGUGACAUUUUCUCUUUCGAUUUCCCCCUAAUGACAUUUUCUCUUUAGAUUUUCCUUAUUACGAAUCCUAAUUCUCCCCCUAAUGACAUUUUCUCUUUCGAUUUCCCUCUUCUUUUAUGUUUCCCUUCCCUCCCUUGUCAAGUCACUGCCCCUUCUCUUACUUGUGCAAUCAGUGCCACCCUUUUUUCCCUCAUCGAAUCGCUGCUUAGAUAUGGGGUUUUUGAAUGGAAGUGGAUUGGUUUUAUGGUGGUGAGUUGUUCUUGGAUGAUUUUUCGGGAUGAUGGUGGUGGAUAGGUUUAGGUAGCUACGUCGCGAUCGAUUGGGGUGAGUUUUGCUAUUGGGUUGGAUGGGUGGGUUUUGCUACUGGGGCGGGUGAAUGGAUGGGCGACCUGUGGUUGGUGGUUUUGGGUUGUUCGGUGAUGGUGUAUUGGUAUUGGGGUGGUCAGUGGUGGAAUUGGGAUGGUCGGUGGUGUAUUGGGGUGGUUAGUAGAUAAUUAAUUUCCUUAAGUUGGAAAGAAAGAGAAACAGAGGUGGAGUAGAGGAAAAUCGAAAGAGACAAUGAAAGGAAAAGAAGGGGGGGGGGGGAUUAGGGUUCAUUAAGCUAGGUUAACACCGGAAAAAUGGUCUAAAUUCACAUUCCGGCAAUUGGUGGUAUGUUGCAACAAAAUUUAUUGUAGUAAACUUAGAUUAAGAAAUUAUUAUGACGCAUGCAAGAAAGAUCAACAAAGAAAAACAAAAACACAGAUUCACGCGAUUUUAAGGUAUUACAUAUAAUACUCUCAUUGUUCCUUUUAAUUAAUACACUUCCCUUAUAAAGUUCUUAUUUAUUCAACACACUUUGCUUUCUUUCUAUAAAUAGCAUAUGCUUGCUUAUGAUAGAGUGUGCUCAUCUAUAAAGUAAUAACUAAACUCGGUUUCACUAACUAGUAGCAAGGGUAAGAACGGGAUGAACGGUUGAACCCAAGAGAGUUUAAAUACUACUUCCUCCGUUUUUUUUUUUCGUAAUUGCAUGAUUUGUCAUUUCAUGCUUGCCGAUACAAUACUUUGAUCAUUAAUAUAUAUUAUACUUAAGUAAAAAUUACAAGGUUUUGAUUUUUGAAAAGUAGACAUCGAGAUGAAUCUAACGAGAUUACGCAUGACUCUAAUUUUCUAUGGAUAAGUCACAAAAGAGGGUCAAAGGAAGUUUCUAUGCCAAUUACCAAUUUUAAUUGAUUAGAGAUUAGAAAUGAAAAUUACAAUAAUAAGGUCUAAGCCUCUAAGGUCUACAAUUUCGUAUGAGACAUUAACAUGUAGGAGAGGCUCUCCAAGGUGUUGAAGAGAUUGUGACAUGCACUUGGGGAGGUCUCUCCAUUAGGGCUCCAAGCCUCCAACAAUUCUGCAAGGGGAGCACAAUAAUCAUCGACUAAACCUAAAAUCCUCUCUACUGGUGUUAAGAUAGAUCUUCAAAUUUUGAGCUUUCCUGGAUAAUCCACUACCUUUGAUCGUUAGACUUGCAAAAAGGGUGAAGCCAAUUCAAGGGAACCACUAAAACACCAAAAAUAGGUCAAAAUUAUACAAGUCUGAAUAAGACUAGAAUAGUGAAGAUAAACAAGAAAUGGAGGUUAGAACAGAGUAAAAUAAAGGGGAAAAAAUGCUUCAAAAGCAAAGUAAAAAUACCAUAUAAAGUGGAUCAAAACUCCAGUUAUCAAGCUCCCCUUAACUAGCCAUGCUUGUCCACAAGCAAUCAAAGUUUAAGUAACCAAAAGAAGCUUGAUGUAUGGUUCCCUCUAAAGUCAUGCAUGCAAUGAUUCAAAGUUUUUCCAAAACAAGUAAAUAGAGCAUAAACUGGAAGACGAAGAACGAGCAUUUAGCAGACUUACUCCAAACUAGCAAACCUAUGCGAUACUCAACAUGAUUGGUACAAAAUUCAAGCCAUGUCCUCCCCCCUAGCUCAAAUCAUAAGCGUCUAAGUGACAUCACAAUUAAUUGCUUGUGGCUACAAAGUGACAUCACAAGCGUUCAAGUAGGAGCUAGAAAAGGAAUGAGAAUAGAUCAGAAAUCUCAUCACGAACCAUCCUCUCCAUAUGCUUGAAAAGUAACUUUCUCCAUCAAUGAAGACUCAAGGUUAAGUUAUGAUAUUUAGAAUGUGGUGGUCAAAACCUACUCCAUUAAACGAUUAUACAACAAUUUUAUUAUAUUUCAUUUUAUUUUCUUUUCUUUUCUUUUUUAAACACAAUAGUAAGAAAUUAACCAUCUAGCUUCCGUCUUUCAAGAAACAAACCUGAGUGGGAUUACAUUUCCCUCUUUUCUUUUACUUUUGCCUUUUUUUUUCCCCUUUCCUAGUGCUUCCUUCAUUCAUCACCUUUUAGAAAGCAUACUCCAUAUUAGCCUACUAGGGUUAAAACAUCUGAAGGUCAUGGCUUGUAAUGUGGCUAAGAAGGAGAAGGUGGGGUGUCUGUGUUAUAUACUCCUUCCGUUUCCUAAUGUUAGUUUUACUCGUCUCGAUGAGUACUUUAUUAAUACUCCGUUCGUUUUUUUUUUGUAAGGUAGAGUUACUAUUUCCUUCCGUUUUUUUUAUAAGUUAGAGUUCCAUUUUUGAAACUAAUAUAUCUUUACCCACUAAUGUCCUCACCUUUCUUACUUUAUCAUUUCUCACUCCUCUAACGGUCUCCACACUCUCUCACACCACUUUACUUUUCAAUAAAAUAAUAACCUUAUCUACCUCACUAUCAUCUUAUUUUAUUAAAGCUUCUAAAACUUCGUGCAAUCUCAUUUUUAGCCUAUAAAAAAAACGGAGGGAGUAUUUAAUUUUUAUAAUUUUUGCUUGCUAGUAUGAAAUUAAAGAUAUUUGUGAUUAAAGUUUUGCAUCGGUAUACAUAUAUGAGACUAACAUUAGGAAACGGAGGAAGUAGUAUUAUAUCCGCUAUCUCACGGUCAUAUUUGUGUUCUUUGGAGUUAUUUUUACUACUAAUAUGUAUUCUCUAGUGUUUUCGUAGUGUUGGUAUUAUUUUGUAGGAAUCUACGAUUUUCGCGGCAAUUUUUUGAACAAAUAUUGGACCACUACGUAGAUAUUGGAGAUUGGAUCGCAUUUUAAGACCAAUCAAGGUUUGAAACCCGAAUAUCGAACCCGAGAGAAUUUGAAGCCAAGGUCAAGCAAGAGAAAUGGAGCUCAAUGAUUAAGAGCUUGGUUCAUUGAGUGAUGGCUUAGCAUUGCAAGCCCAAGUGAAGAGAGCCGAAAGCCAUGAAUCAAAGAACCGAGGCCUAAAGUCAAGAGCUCAAGAGCCAAGGCCCAAGAAGAAAGUAGCUUAAAGGCAAAGCCUUAGGUUAAGUUGCGCCCCAACCACCAUCAUACUUGGGUGGAUUACUUGUUAAAUUGUGGAUCAUAUUUAAGGGUGAUUUAAUUAUUAUUAUUGAUUGUGGAUUAUUUGCUUGAAUUUAUCGUAGGUUUGCUUGAAUUGUAGUUUGCGAGGGUUGUUGUAACACCGGAUAAUUCUCUUUUCCAAACUUAUUACCUAAAAUAAAAUAAAGGUGAACCAUUGACAUGUCACCAUCAUUGGGGCUAAA